AUGGCCAUUGAGCUCACUUGGCGUCGAGACAACUUCGAACACAAAUGUAAGAUUGUAACACCGGGCCAAGAGUUAUCGUGCGAAGCUGCAAGUGUGGUACACGGAUCUCUUCGUCUUCAAGCCGACCCUUCCUAUAUCUUCCCGCAAUCAUACGUAUCGUUGGUGGCCCCGGACCCGGCACCCGCAGGACUACUCAGGCGUAAUCAAAUCUAUAUUCGCUUCUACCUUAAUGGAGAACAGUGCAGAGUAGCCUUCGGGAUCGUCGAUGAACCAAAAAAGUAUGUCUGUCUAUUAUUUUUGAAGAUUGCCUAUAACGCUCGUAUACUCCGUGAAGGGCCUGUCUCAUGGCCUGCUGCUAGAAAAUGUUUAGAUUUAGGAAUCGACAAGGCUUCAGUUCAUCCGUUCUGCAUUGUCUCCUGCGGCGCUCUUUUCCAUCCCUCUUUCCAGUCUUCAGGCUCACUCCACCCGGAGGUCUGUUCACUUCAACCCCUUCCGUGGGUCGUGGAGAAGAUAUAUGCCCCAAUUCUUGCCGCAGAACACCUGCUAUUUUCGACAAAUGACGCGAAGGACCGAAAGGGCACUGUAGAGAACCAUGUUGCGCUUGCGGUCAUCUCAGGUUUAACAGGCAAGUGUGGGAGGGAUGCAUAUGGGCGAGCUUUGGUCAACGGAUAUCGUGUCCUUGCAGAACAGUGCAUCUAUAUCCAUCCAGGGCCGACGAACUGGGCUUUUUGCCCAUUUUUACAAUGGUUGAAAAUACCGGUAUUCCCUGAAGCGAAACAUUCCCCUCGCAUUCAUAUCACAUCACAUCCCAUCAUUACACAGCACGGCACCUUCUGGGACUCCGGACGCAAGGAUACAGUCAACUCCCAAACCGAGCUCACGACAAUUACUGUACAGACAGCAACCAUCGAUGGCGUCGUAGUAUUGUCGUUGAAGCACCCGGCGACCUUCAACGGUCGUGGCGUUCCUCUUUGCUUGCACGGCAACAAUGAGAUUCCUGAUGAGCUAUUCGGGGAGUGUGUGAAGAGCGGUGUCAGCAGGUUCAUUGUUAACUCGUGGGGACGCGACCCCUACGUCGAAGCUCUCGCAGCUGCCAUUUCUUUGCCGACCGACCAACUUCCUUUCAAAGCGGAUGGUCCUUUGUACAACCGGCUGAAUUUCUUCUUACAUAAGAACGGCGACCAUUUGUCUACCGCUAACCCAAAGCUUUCAACACACUCGUCGAAGAGAUCAGUGUAUCCGCAUCCAAGCCGAUCGGAUUUGACGACCUCAGACGGUGGGAGGUGA